GUCCCAAGCCCAAAAGCUGCUUAAAUCACGAAGGGCAAAACCCUGAUCCCCGUUGCGCUCAAUGAUCAGAAAGUGGAAACUCAAGCCCAAAUUCAUAUACAACUUUCUGGAGUACUUGCAGAAGUUUUCUGACGAAGCAGAAAACCGCCGUGGAAUUUGCUACGGUUUCUGUCUCCGGGCUCUCUGCUCAUAAUUAGCCGCUUUGACUUGCCGAGAGCGGAAAGGGUCCUUUGUGGGGGAAUCGAAGAUGGAUGAGAACAUGAAGCAAUUGCAGCAAGGCUUGAUUGAGCUUGAAACUGAAGCUGAACAUUUACUAUUGGCCCGUCAUCAGCUGGUUGAGAAUGAUAAAGUGAGGAAUGGGAACAGGGAAGCACUUACUGCACUGAGGAAGAGGGCUCGCACAACAAAAACUAGUGUCCCAUCUCCUUUUGAGUCAAUGAUGAAGAAUGCUUGGGACCCUGGAUCAAGAACUUUGGUAAAGGAGGUUUGUGCAACUUGUGGCAACCAUGACUCAAAUGAGCGGACAUGGAUGAUGUUCCCAGGAACUGAUGUUUUUGCUAAGAUCCCGUUUCAUGCUGCUCACACUAUCUUGGAGACAGAUCAAGCACAAUUGGAUUAUGAAGCUAAGAAACUGCAAAGCUAUGUGAAGGAAAAAUCUUUUUUGAUAUCAGAAAAAGGUGUCCUCACUGACAAGAUUAGUCCUGGUGUGCUUAAAUCCUUAGUAAUGCUAAAAGAUAAACCAUGAUUGUGCAGCCUGGCUGAUGCGAUGAGGCAAUCAAACAAAUCAAAAGUACUUUUUUUGACUUGGAGUCAGCAUUGCUGUUUAUAGGGGUUCAGAAUGAAGUUGGUUGCCAUACCUGGGAAACUUCAAAGUGCUAACAGUCUUCUGAUUGAUACAGAGCUUGGAUGAAAUUUAGCGACCAUUACUGAUUUUGUUGAUUGUGCUGUGAAUAUCUGUUAACAAAAUACGAUGUCUUCUUCGAAUCUAUUUUGGUAUACAUGACUAGUGCUACAUAUUUGCAAGAACCAUUUUUACCAUACCGAAUUGACUUCCUCUCUGAAAGAAGUUCUAGCAUUAAUAGGGAUAGAGAAACCAUUUUCCGAAUGAUUUAUCAUCUGAGGGGAUGAAUUCUGUCUUUGUUGUGAUUCACUCAAGCAGCUAAGUUUCGAAA